UGUGUUUCUGUAUUGCUGUUGGCUGUGUCAGAAGGAGAAAUCCUGCUGCUCCUGUAGUUGGGCUUUAUUGCAGACGUGUUUACAGUAACAGCGGCAGUGAAAAGAAGACUACAUUUCUUGUCAGAGAUCCCCCUGCUUGGACUUGUUCCCACUUCCCAUGCACAGCACUAAACUUUCCUCUAGCCAAAACUUUUAUUUCCUAGACUUCAUUUGGAAAGGAAGAUUCAUGGAGCUUUUGUUUAAACGUCUGUUGGGGAUGGCAAAUUCUUCCUUUUAACCUGAAUAUCUACCCCUUAUACAAUCAAAUACUAUCUGAGAUCCUUCCCGUCUCGGGCGAAGGAGAGAAAGAAAUGGAUGUGUUCAGAGCACCUGAAAAUGAGUCUCUGCUCUCUGGUCCCACUGCAAGCUCCACACCUUGGGAUCCCUUCCACCACCCCCUGGAAUUCAUCCAGCCCUGGAACUUCCAGCUUCUAGCUGCAUUAAUGUUCUUGGUGACAUCUCUGUCACUCGCUGAGAAUUUUGCUAUCAUAUUGGUGACUUUUAAGUUCAAACAGUUGAGACAACCUGUCAAUUAUGUCAUAGUAAACCUGGCUGUAGCUGAUUUUCUGGUCUCAUUGAUUGGUGGCACGAUCAGCUUUUUUACCAAUAUAAAAGGCUAUUUUUAUAUGGGACAUUGGGCUUGUGUACUGGAGGGAUUUGCCAUCACAUUCUUUGGAAUCGUUGGUCUCUGGUCUCUUGCUCUGCUGGCUUUUGAGCGGUACAUUGUGAUCUGUCGCCCACUGGGAAAUAUGCGCCUGAGGGGGAAGCAUGCAGCCUUGGGCAUUAUCUUCGUGUGGAUCUUCUCCUUUAUCUGGACCAUCCCUCCGACCAUGGGCUGGAGCAGCUACACCACCAGCAAGAUUGGAACUACCUGUGAACCCAACUGGUAUUCAGGAGCCUAUAAUGAUCACACCUACAUUAUUACAUUCUUCACCACCUGUUUCAUACUGCCAUUACUUGUGAUUUUGGUAUCCUACGGAAAAUUGAUGAGGAAACUAAGAAAGGUGUCAGAUACUCAAGGCCGAUUAGGGACUACAAGGAAACCUGAAAGACAAGUCACUCGAAUGGUUAUUAUUAUGAUCCUUGCAUUUCUAAUCUGCUGGUCUCCAUAUGCAGCCUUUUCCAUUCUUGUCACCGCAUGGCCUUCCAUUGAUCUGGAUCCUCGUCUGGCCGCAAUCCCAGCUUUCUUUUCCAAAACAGCUACAGUUUAUAAUCCGAUUAUUUAUGUCUUUAUGAACAAACAGUUCAGGAGGUGUUUCAUUCAGCUGUUCGGAUGCAGUGACAGAGAGACUGCAACGUCCAAUAUGAACCCAACUUUGGAGAGAGCGGUGCUAACCCAGGACAAAGGUGGGGGUGAAAUGUUCACAAUAGCAGCACACAACACCAUUUCAAACAGGAGAAAUGAGGAUGAACAGAGGAGCUGCCAUUCUUUUGCUCAGUUGACAGUUUUAGAAAACAAAGUCCGUCCGAUGUAAACAGAACAAAUUUCGAGAUCAGAAAUGCAGCACUAUAGACUGUUCCCUUAUUACCAGCUGUUCAUACAAACGGUUGUCAGCAAGACUGUUAGGGCUCACAGACUGGCAGAAAUUUGCCGCUGGGGUUGCUGAGCCACAGAAACGCUGAGAGCCUCUAAGCUCUGAAGCUGUAGAGUAUUCCUUGUAUUCAGAGGGCAAAGGAUCAGCAUUCUAAGUGACAGUGGAAUGCCCCACUAUUAACUGAUUCCACACUAUCCCUUUUCCAGGCCAUCCACCCUCCUGUUCCUGGGAAUGACUUCAGGAGACUCCAGUGAACAUAUACCAGGACUCAUUCAACUGACUGAACAUUGUGACUUGGAAGAAAACAAACGAUCCCAUGGCUCCAAAUUACUAAAGAUAAAUAAAUAAUACUUAGCACUUGGCUGACUGGAGCUCAAAUAGGUAGAGCUAGGAAAGGAUUCUGAGACCUAAUGACUUCAAAAAAAGAAGACAAUGCAGAGUGCCCUGUACUCAUUUACGAUCUGUGGUAGGGUUCCUUUCUCAAGCCAUAACACUCUAUGGCAAUCAGGAGAUGCCUCCAGAUUCCCAGCCAUUGUUUCAUUAAUACAAACCCAGUCAGGGAGACUUCCCUAGAGCCCUUCAAGCCUCUCCUCCCCCGCCCCCAUCCUUGCCAUACAAGAAAGUCCCUAGAACCCUCUGAGGUGGAUUUAUAACAGCUGACAAUGAUUGUGGUGGGGCGAGAGAAUAAGGCUAGGAUGUUGUGCAACAAGGAAAGUGUCACACCCCAGUACUGUGCAAGUGACCUUUCUGAGGAGAAGUUCUGUAGCUGGUUGAUCUUCCCCUAUAGAAGUCUGCCUGAUGCAGAGGUAGGAUCAAUUACGUUCCAGAGACCCCAUGGCUUGGGAGGCUACUGCUAUUAAUGAUUUUGGGGUUUCUUAGUGAAUGUCAUUUGUAAAAGUCAGCCCCUGGGGGAGAGUAUGGUUAAAAGGCUCAGCUCCAACAAAACUUUAGGCAGACUCUGUGUGUCCAUAUGCCCCAAAUUAAUUCUUUCCCUCAUCCCAUACCUGGGUCAUGAUGUGCCUCUCAAACAAGGCAGCACAGCCCUAUGCCAACCAGCAGCUGGUGGCAAUCAGUUGUGAGCUCACCAUCUUCACUGCUCAGCCUCUAACCAGCAGCUAAGUCUACAUCUCUGACCCUGGAUUCCAGAUAUCAUGGAUCCUGCCGGCAUCAGGCCCCAUCUUUUCACUGACAGAACAUUCCUGAGCCAAACACUUCAAACCAUUAUCUUAUCUAAGCUUGGAUGUCAGGAGCAGGGAGUGCAAUGUAAAUACAAUUUCCAUAAACAGUGAGAACUAAACUUACUAGUUUUGAUCCUAUGUAUGUUUGCAUGUCAAAUACUUAAUGUUAUUUACUAAUAAUGCAGUAAUAAAAUCUGCUUCCCCUGGACAGCAUACACGCUCACCCCCAAAAACCAGGCUAGCACUUGAAUGCAAUAAGUAAUUUAGUUUUGAUGCAAUCUUUGGUGUACAUUGUAUGAAAUAUUACUAAGGAUCAGGUACAGUAGAUUGUUCUUUUGUAACUGAGUGGAACUAGAAUGAUGUCAAAUCAACAGGCAGCAGCCGGCAGUGUUCAUGGCAGUAAGGUGUUGUGAAGCAAUAUAUCCUUAAUGUGGAAAACCAUUAUUUCUUGAAUCAAGUGUUUAUAAAAUGCUACUAGAAGACAGCAAUUAUUUCAUUGCAUCCACGCUAGCCAUAUUAUAUACUAGCCAUAGCAAUGCCAAAGUGAUAACAAAACCAGUCACCAAAACCCAGAGUUUUCAUUUGUUUUGUUUUACUUCAGAGCAAAAUAAGAAUAAAAUUCCUUCACUGUAAAUAAAUCAGUGUUGUUUCUA